ACCGUGCCGUUUGAGAGGGAAAGGCAUAAAGCGAAAGAGAGAGAUGGCGAUGAGGAAAUUAUUGAUUCUGCUAAAACCGUUCGAUGUUUAUGCUCCUCCCCACGGCGCCAGCCCCCAGAUUUUACAUCACUUGGAUAGCAGGCGUAAGGUGCACCUUGAUACCAUCAAAUUCUGUCAGACAAUUCUACAGAAGAAGCCUGUUGAAUGGAAAGCUAUAGAGCGUAAUGAUUUAUCACAGCCCAUCAAUGAUGUGGAUCUGGUUGUCACAGUUGGUGGGGAUGGAACACUUUUGCAAGCUAGCCAUUUCAUGGAUGACAGGAUUCCAAUUCUUGGAGUGAAUUCUGAUCCAACAAGAAAUGAUGAGGUGGAGCGGUUCAGGAAUGAGUUUGAUGCUACAAGAAGCACUGGCCAUCUUUGUGCCGCAACAGUUGAAAACUUUGAACAGGUGUUAAACGGCAUACUUGAGAGUCAAACUGUUCCUUCCAAGUUAAAAAGGAUAUCAAUAUCUGUUAACACGCGUCAGCUACCAACUUAUGCUCUGAAUGAUAUCUUAGUUGCAAAUCCAUGUCCUGCCGCACUUUCUGCGUUCUCCUUCAGGAUCAGAAAGGAUGAUCAGCCCUGUUCACCACUAGCUAUCUGCAGAUCAAGUGGUUUGAGAGUUUCAACUGCUGCUGGUUCCACAGCUGCAAUGCACUCAGCAGGUGGAUUUCUGAUGCCCAUUUUAUCGCAGGAUCUCCAGUAUAUGGUAAGAGAGCCUAUUUCACCUGGGCCACUCUUAAACCUUAUGCGUGGGGUAAUCAAACAUGACCAAGCAAUGGACAUUACAUGGUCUUGUAGAGAAGGCGUAAUAUAUAUUGAUGGUUAUCACGUCAAAUAUACCAUUCAAGAUGGGGAUAAAAUUGAGAUUUCUUGCAGAGCGCCGAUCUUGAAAGUUUUCUUGCCUAAUCAUUUAUUAACCUCUGCUCUGUGAUCUGUCUGUGACUUAAUAUUGCUUCUGGGAUGCAUUUGAACAAACUGGAGGGAAGUUUUGCAUGCAUAUAGUCGUCAGAAUGAUACCCAAUUUUGUCAGAGGAUUUAUGAAAUGGAAGAGUUUGUUCACGAGCUGACAUGACAUUAAGUUUGUAAUGCCUGAUUCCUUUUGCAGGGGCUGAGCGUCUAGUCAUGUACAUAAACAACUUGACGAUCAUACACAUUUUUUUUUUUUUGGUAUGUACAUACAAGUUCCGUUUGUAAUCAUUUCCGCAGCAUGAAGUUGCGGUUUUCUUGAUAACCAUGACAUUUUGCAAAUGAAGUGUUAAUAUUUGUCCUUGCUCCA